GUAGCGUUCGCGUUCGCGUUACCGAGCUAGAAUAUCGAGUGAGCGAGAGAGAGCGACGGAAGGCAAACACGGGGUGCGUGUUUCGUUUUUCCCGUUUUAUCAUUACCGAAACGAGUGAUUUGUGCAAGACAUAUUCGAGUUGUAUACAAGAGACAUCAGUUUUGAAAAGUGACAGUUUGAGAAGAAGAAAAUUAGUGCGAUCGACGAAGCGAACAUUAUGGCCAUCUACAGCACUUACGUGAAGAACAUACUCCAUAAGAGAAACACCGUUAGCGAGAGCAUGAAUGGCGUCGCGACGAUGGGCUCGUCGGAGGAUCAUCACGUGCAGCAUCAUCAUCAGCCGCAAAACGAAUCGAGCUCGGAUCAUCCGCGAAGUCCCUCGAGUCCUUUGAGCGUCAGACACGAUUCGGCGGAGAGCAGCGUGAUCUCGCCGGGCCUGCCGGAGCGCUACAGUCCCGUGGGCGCGACGGGCGCCGGCUCGACUACCUCCAACACGCAGGGCAGCCAUGACCCGUACGGCUCGCGCUCCACCGCCAUGCAGGAGUGCCCGGUGCCGCUCUGCCGCGGCGUCGGCGCCGACUUUCCCGCCCUCUCGGCCUCGUCGCGCUCGCCCUACCUCACCGCCCUGGAGAACGGCCAUCCGCACAUGCUGGCGGCUGCGGCGGCCGCCGCGGCAGCCGCCGCGUCGCAGCACCACGCUGCUCAUCACGGCCAUCCGGGCGCGCUGUCGAUGCCGGUGAGUCAGCCGCCGCCGCCACCGAUGCCCAGCCAUCAGCCCUCGCCGGCUCAUCAGCAGCAACAGACCCAGCAUCAACGGCAACAGCAGCAACAGCAGCAGCAACAACAGCAACAGCAACAUCAGCAGCAGCAGCAACAGCAGCAGAGUCACUCGGGUAAAGCACCGAGGAGUCUCGGACUGAUUUGCGUCGUCUGCGGGGACACGAGCAGCGGCAAGCACUACGGCAUUCUGGCCUGCAACGGCUGCAGCGGAUUCUUCAAGCGCAGCGUCAGGAGAAAACUCAUUUACAGAUGCCAAGCGGGCAACGGACUCUGCGUCGUCGACAAGGCGCAUCGCAAUCAGUGCCAGGCCUGCCGACUGAGAAAAUGCAUAGAGAUGGGCAUGAACAAAGAUGCUGUGCAAAACGAGCGCCAGCCGCGCAACACAGCGACGAUCCGGCCGGAGGCUCUCGCCGAGAUGGAUCAAGAGAGGGCACUGCGCGAGGCCGCCGUAGCUGUCGGCGUCUUCGGUCCACCCGUGUCAUUGGCCAUGGCUAGAUACGGAGCACCGAUGCCCGUGCCGACCGUCGCGCCCUCGGUCAACUCCACCAAUUCGGCGGCGACGGCCGCCUCGCCUCGACGAGACAACGACGAUGAUAACGCAUCCGAGGACAGCAUAGACGUGACGAACGAGGAGCCGCUCACGCCGCAGCCACAGCCACCACGCAGCAAUCACCACCAGCUGCAGGUGGUACCUGCCAUCUACUCGCCGCCCAGCGUCGAGACUGUCUACGAGACGUCUGCGCGGCUGCUCUUCAUGGCCGUCAAGUGGGCCAAAAAUUUGCCCUCUUUCGCGAGCCUACCAUUUCGCGAUCAGGUCAUACUGCUCGAGGAGGCCUGGUCGGAGCUGUUCCUUCUCAACGCCGUGCAGUGGUGCCUGCCCCUCGAGUCGUCGCCCCUGUUCAGCGCCGCCGAGCUCUCGGCCCUCACGAUGCAGCAGCAACAGCAGCAACAGAAUAUGUCGCUCCAUCAUCCGCACUCGGGGCUGCAGCUCCACGGCGCGCCACACCCGCCACCACCUCCAUCGAACAAAUCGAAUCAUCAGGUGGCCUGCGACGUGCGCUACCUGCACGACAUCCUCCAUCGCUACAAGUCCGUGAUGGUCGAUCCGGCCGAGUUCGCCUGCAUGAAGGCCAUCAUACUGUUCCGGCCGGAGACCCGAGGCCUGAAGGACUCCAGCCAGAUCGAGAAUCUGCAGGACCAGGCGCAGGUGAUGCUCGGCCAGCACACGCGCAGCCAGCAGCCGAGCAAUCCGGCCCGCUUCGGCCGACUGCUGCUGCUGCUGCCGCUGCUGAGGAACGUACCUGCGGCCCGUGUGGAGCACAUCUACUUUCAGCGCACCAUCGGCAACACACCCAUGGAGAAGGUGCUCUGCGACAUGUACAAAAAUUAG